AAAAAUACACUACUCCGUAUAUUGAUAAACACACAUUUCAUGAUAGACUUGAGUCAAAACCUAAUAAGAUAAGUUCCAAUUAAAUCCUCUAAACAAAAUCACCAUAAAACCUAACCUAAACUAAACUUAAAUAGUUAAACCCCCGUGACUCCUUAAGAUAAAAUCAUUCCAAGUAAAAAACAAAAACAAAUAAUUGUUGUUCACUAUAAUCCUUUAGAAAAUGGGCAAAUUGUCGGUGGUGGUGGUGGUGGUUUUACUGGCGGCGCUAGUAGCGUGCACGGCGGCGCAAGGGUCGGACGGAAUACCCUCGUGCGCAACAAAGCUAGCGCCGUGUUUCUCUUACUUGAACGCCACCAAAACACCGGAUACAAGCUGUUGUACUCCACUCAAAGAAGCGGUGACAAAUGAAAGAAAAUGUCUUUGCAAUAUUUAUAAUAAUCCUGCUUUAAUUCAAGCUUUACAAAUUAAUGUUACUCAAGCUCUUAAUCUCAUCACUCUUUGUCAUAUUAAUACUGUCAAAGAUCCCAGCACCUUUUGCAAAGAUUUAGCCCAAGCCCCAUCUCCAUCUUCUUCACCUGCCGCUGGAUCAACCCCAACUCCUCCAGGGAGCGCGUCUACAAGCAGUCCUCCUGGCAAUGCUGCCCCUAAGAUCACAGGGGCUGGUUCGGUUGGAAUAGUUUCUAUCUUACUUAUGUUUGGGGCAUAUACAAUGUUUUAGUAUGUGCUUUUCUGCUCUUUUGAUAUCUUUAAUUAACUUGUGUAAUCUAGAAAUUAUUGCAUGAUGAUCAUAAUCAUCAUAUCAUUAUUGUGGAAGACAUCAAUUCUGAUGAGGCCAUUCAGUGUUUGAACAUUUUCCUGAGUAUCUAAUUAAUUUUUAAGUGCUUUCUUCCAUCA